CCCAUAAGAAAACAUUCACCAUUUGAAAUUUACUCAGGCGCGGUUCCGCGAACGUAUAUAAAUAAUAAAUCAAGACUUAGACGAUCUUUCUGCAAAUAGGAUAGAGUCGGUUCCAGCAAAGAACGUAUAAUUAAUCUGAAUCUUUUAAUUUACGUUCCUUGUCUUAAUUGAAAAUUAUAUCAUAGCAGGAAACAAUUCAAAACCUAAGGCAGGUGGAGACGGUUUAUUAGGUUGCGGUGUACAAAAUAUCCUAAGAUUGAACAUACCUUAUUGUUUCUAAACAAAACUCUGCUAACUUCCUGCGACUAACAAAUUGUUAUUUUCAUCAAUUUUCAUUUAAAAAUAAAAGAUCACAAAUAAGAAAGUGUAAAAAUGGCAAAUCAAGAAUCGCAGGUUAUGAGCUUGCCUCUACCACCGACGCAAUAUAUUAAUCUAUUUUCCGAAGAAAAUAUUCGGCGAAAUCGUGCUCCUAGGCCACCUCCUCCUAUACAAGAUACUUAUAAUAUGUUUGGAAUACAAUAUAACAACGAAGAAAUGAUCAGGAGUCUAGAAUCACAAAAUAUAAAGCGUCUUAUACCAAUACAUUUUGAUCGUCGGAAAGAAUUGAAGAAACUUAAUCACUCAUUAUUUGUCAACUUUUUAGAUCUUAUUGACCUUCUCAUUCAGUACCCUGAUAGCCCUCGGAGAACGGAAAAGAUCGAUGACCUGAGUCUUCUCUUCGUUCAUAUGCAUCAUUUGUUGAAUGAAUUUCGGCCUCAUCAGGCACGCGAAACACUAAGAGUGAUGAUGGAAAUGCAAAAGCGACAACGAGUGGAGACUACAACAAGGUUCCAAAAGCAUUUAGAACGCGUGAGAGACAUAGUUAAUACGGCAUUUGCGGCAUUACCUGAAGUACGAAAUGAUGAUAACGAAGUCGACGAAAAGUUUAAUAUGGAAGUUGAUUUACAAGACCUAAAUGCUAAUAAUCGCAGCGAUCAGCUAGAUCGCAUAAUGUGCAAAAUCGUUGACGAAAUGGAUUUAUUUAAUUAGAUCCCAUGACACACUUAAGGUUUCUUAAACAAUAUAAUGUCGCUGAUUUUCGUCUCUUUUUUUAUUAAAAACAGUUGAUAAUAAUCGAGCAGGGCCCUUAGACAAGCCUAACCUAGAUAAGAUAAUUGGUAAUAAUAAAUGAUUUAUGUUUAUUCCUUUGCUUUGUCGAUAAA